AUGGCACCAGCUAUGUCGUCAACAGGCGUUACCAGCCUCUUCACUCUUCUCAUCACAGCCCCUCUCUUCUCCUCUCUCGUCCUUGCCGAGCAGAGUUCCUCUACCCCUAGCCACGUCCCCAUUCCCAUCAUCCCACUACACCCCAACGACACCGCCAGCACCGCCAGCACCGCCUCGGCCCCCGCCAACAGCUCCCUCCGCAUCGUGGACGACGACUCUCUCUUCCACUACGCGGGGUGCUGGACCGAAACCACGCCCCUCCCGGACAGCCGUCGGGCUCUCGACGGCCCCUUCAUGAGUCUCGCGGGGUCGCUGACGGUGCCGAUCUGCCUGCACUUCUGCGGGACGGCGCGCAACCGGUUCACGGGCGAGCGCGGGUACCGCUUUGGCGGGCUCGAGCACGCGCAGGAGUGCUGGUGCGGUGACUCGCUCUCGAACCGCAGCUACCACCUCUCGGACUCCGCCUGCAGCACCCCCUGCGACGGAUCCAACACCACGGCCUGCGGCGGCAACCUCGCCAUCUCGCUGUACCAGCAGAAGGACAAUGACAACGAGGGUAGUGAUGGCAACGGCGAUGUCCACGGUCCGGGUGAUGAUGAUGACAAUGAUAGCCGCCCGGCAGAUGAGGCGGUCAUACAGGCGGUGGGUGUGGGGUUGUUGGUGCUGACGGUUACGUUUGCGCUGGGACUGGGUUGUUUGUGAGUGGUGAGUACCUACCCCUAUCUUGUUUAUUAUUCAUGCGUACCCGCCUGCCUAAGAGUGUCAAUAAAAGAAGAAGAAGAGAAAAGAAUAUCUAAUUAAGUGUGUAGGGUCGGCUUAUGGUUUAUUCUGCGUUAUCUCUUGGUCUUCAUUUUGUCGCUGCAGCGAUUAGUGUUGUGGGCUGUUUCGCCUAUUGCUUUUCACGAGAGGAUUGAUUGAGAAUGAUUAGUUGAUUGGCGGGCGUGGAAAGAAUAAAGGGAAUGGGAAAUGCGCGGCCUUCGAGAAGGAGUAGCUUUGAAUUUCCUAGACACUGGCUGGGAGGUUGGAAUCUGGAGUGGUGUAAGAAAGGGGGAAGAGAGAGGAGGCAAGGGGUUAUAGACAGAUGAAUAUGAUGAGGACAUAUUUACAUGGCGUUCGUUUUUCCUUUUCCC